AUGUGUGUGGGGGGUAGUCGAGAGGUGCUGCUAGAACCUGCUCAGACGCGUGCACUCGCUCAGUCUGAGAGCGUCAGACAAAGACCAGCCACAUCCUGCAGCGGGAUGGGACAGCGCACCCCCGCCUCACGAUGGGGGGGGCACCGGAGGCACCGAAGAGCCAUUCAGAAGAGUCGGGGGUCAAAGGUCCGAAGACCCGAGGGCACCAUGGAGAUGGAACCAGGGGCCCCUGUGUCUGCUGGCCCCAGCCCCAACAGCCCUUCUACUGCCACCAGCACCACCACCACCACGACUGCCCCCUCCGCAGCCACCUCCUCCACUAACAGCACGAACGCCACCACAACGACCACCGCAACUACUACUACAGCAGGGAGACAAGCAGUGCCUCAAAUAUCAGUUUACAGUGGGAUACCUGACCGACAGACCGUCCAGGUGUUCCAGCAGGCCUUGCACAGGCAGCCGAACACCGCGGCUCAGUAUCUGCAGCAGAUGUAUGCAGCGCAGCAGCAGCACCUGAUGUUACAGACUGCAGCUCUGCAACAACAGCACAACCUGAGCACCGCGCAGUUGCAGAGUCUGGCUGCAGUACAACAGGCCAGUAUCGCAGCCGGGAGACAGACUUCACAGAAUGGAACAUCAUCUCAGGCUGGAUCCACUCAGACCACGAUCAACCUGACCACGUCUCCAGCUGCAGCACAGCUGAUCAGCCGCGCUCAGAGCAUUAGCUCCACCCCCACCAGUAUUUCUCAGCAGGCCGUUCUGCUGGGCAGCCCCUCCAGCUCCACUCUCACUGCCAGCCAGGCACAGAUGUACCUGCGUGCACAGAUGGCCCAACAGAGUAACUUGGUGCAGGUGGCACGGAGUCUGGGUCGAGCUGUUCCUCAGCUCAUCUUCACUCCCACUGCUACUGUCACCGCUGUGCAGUCUGAGAGUGCCAACUCCACACAGAACCAGGUCCAGAAUCUGGCCAUCCGUGGCCAGCAGGGGGCAGCCUCCUCCACCACACAGACACUGCAGGCUCUGAGUAUAAAGCAGGGCUCCUUGUCCAUCCAGCCGGCUGCUCAGAAGACUGCAACCCUGGGCACACAAGCCUCUGCAGGGGGUAAGCCGGGCUCUGCAGACACUCCUGUGGAUGUGUCCAAGAAAGCGGACGCGGCUCCUGUCACAGAAGUACGAGCUAUCAACAUGAGUCGCAACGUCACAACAGUCAGUGGACAACCGCUCCUCGCUCCUGCCUACACUCCGAUCCAGCCUCAUUCUCUGGUGCAGCCCCACAAGCAGCAGUUUGUGGUCCAUCAAAGCCCAGGAUCCCAGAGGGCGGGGGGCCAGCUCCUGCAGACCGCUUCCAUCCAGCCCUCUCCGCACCCGGUCCCAGUGCUGCCCAAACCCGCCUUGCACGCCUUAACGCCCAGCCAGCAAGCCACCAUCUUCCACUCCACCAUCAGCCCCCACGUCCUGCACUCCCCCCUCAAUCACAAAGCACAGCCUGUCCAGCUCACCGCCAUCAACUUACAGAUCCAGCCCAAUGCCUCGAGACUCGUCCAGGAGUGUAAAGAUAAGCCAACGUCGCUGGUGGUGAGAGAGACGUGCCCUCCUUCCACGCCUCAGCAGCAGCACACUCCUCCUGCUGCUGCUUUGCCAUCGCUGCGCAAACCUGUGGAGCAGAGCAAGGCCCACUCCACUACACCUGCCCCAGCUCCGGGCGGAGUCUCUGUGAAGAGGCCGAGUGCGGCACCUGGGACCCCGCCUCCUGCCAUGACCUCUGGAAACGAGAGCGAGGUCCCCACCGUGACGGGCAGCGUGCCGCACAAUGGAGAGAGCAAACCGCCUCAGGCCAUCGUCAAGCCCCAGGUCCUCACCCACGUCAUCGAGGGAUUUGUGAUCCAGGAGGGAGCCGAGCCUUUCCCAGUGUGUGUGGAACGUCUGCCCAUCCUCAUCGAUAGUCCAACCAAACACGACCAGCAGCUGUCCUCAGACCCAGACAAAAGCCCCGUGAGCAACGCCGGCAACUCCGACUCUGAACCUGAAGACGUCGGUCCUCCUGAGAAAGAGCAGGAGCCCAAGCUGACCUGCGAGUACUGCGGCUGGGUGGACUUUGCCUUCACCUUCAAAGGAUCCAGAAGGUUCUGCUCCACGCCUUGUGCCAAGAGGUACAACGUGGGCUGUUCGAAACGCGUCGGCCUCUUCCAUCCGGACAGAUCAAAAAGCCGCUGGCGAAGAAGACCACCAGGGAGACCCCCUCUUGAUGCCAAAAAACGGAAACUCUCCCCGGCCCCGAAGCAGACUCAGGGGGGCUCCGUGUCGUCCCCUCACGCCUCCCAGCCGAGCCAGGAAGAGUCCAGCCCCUGCUCUGACAUGUCCAGCUUUGAAGAGGCCCCGUCCCCCUUGUCAGCAGCCAGCUCUGGGCCUCUGCCUCCAGCUGCAGCACAAGCACCAGCGCCCCCUACAGUCCACCGCCAGCCCAGCAGGAACCUGGAGCCGGAACCGAGCUCCAGCCCCAGCAGAGACGCACAAGCCCCCAUCCAGAGCUCAGGCCCCAACGAUCCGACCAAGUGGAACGUCCGAGAGGUCUACAACUUCAUACGCUCACUACCAGGUUGCCAGGAGAUUGCAGAGGAGUUUCGCUCUCAGGAGAUCGAUGGACAGGCCUUGCUCCUUCUCAAAGAGGACCAUCUCAUGAGCACGAUGAACAUUAAACUAGGACCUGCACUCAAGAUCUUUGCACCAGCAGGACACGCCGUGGCCCCGGACUCUCGCUACAGCCUCACCUCACUUUGUACUUCAGUUACUGGCCGAAACCACCGCAGUUGUGUGCCAAAAUACAGUACAGGACACAGAAGACCACCUGUUUGGGGCUGUAUACAUCUGUUGACAUUAGGUUGUGCUAAAAUGCAAAAUAAUGGAGAAGACACAGAGGGCACCAGUGAGGACCUGCCACCACUUCAGAAACUCGAGUCUCCAACAGGAAGCCCUCCAAACUCCUCAUUAACGCGCCUGAUUGAGCUGGAGAAGUGUGUGUCCAACCUGAGCCUUGCACAUGAGAUAGUGGUGAACAGGGACUUCUGCUUCAAACCUAAUGACCCUCCCGCCAACAGUUUGGAAGGAAGAGUGACUGAAAUAGUCCACAGAGCCUUCUGGGAUUGUUUGCAGCAACAACUGAGCAGUGAUCCUCCAGACUAUAGUCAAGCCCUGGUGCUGCUGCAGGAGACCAAGACGCUGCUUCAGUCUCUGCUGCUGCCGAGCCACGUGAGGCUGAGGGCAGAGCUGGACGAGGUGCUGGACAUGGAGCUGGUGAAGCAGGAGGUCAGUCAGGGAGCACUGGACCUGAGCAGGCUGGCAGCUUACAUCAUCAACACCAUGGGCUCUCUGUGCGCCCCUGUAAGAGACCAGGAGAUCAGGGCACUGCGCCACCUACAGGAGCCCGUGGAACUCUACAGGGGCAUUUUCCGUGUGUUGGGCCUCAUGAAGAUGGACAUGGUGAACUUCACCGUCCAAUCGCUGAGGCCUCACUUGAUGCAGCAGGCGGUGCAAUACGAGAGAGCCAAGUUCCAGCAGAUUCUGGACCAGGAUCCGACGUCUCUGGACAACACCAAAGCCUGGCUCCGUGCAGCUGCGUCUGAGGAGCUGUCGUCAGUCUGCAGCGGCGGCGGUCCUCCUGUCGGCGCCAUGUCCGUCCUGAACCGUGCGUACGUGCGUCUGCUGCACUGGAGCCCACUCGAGCAGAAAUAUCCCGAGACCGUGUGGGUGGACCGGUCCCGGCUGGACUCUCUGGGUGCGCAAGUCCGGGAUCUGGUUCUCAAAGCCUCCGUCCUGCUGCUGACCAGUGCUCAGUGCGGAGGGGCGGUGUGGUCGCUGCCUGGGUUUGUAGGUAAACUGCAGCAGUCCAUCAGUGCCUUGCUGGGAGGCAGUCACAGCAGUGAGGCUGACCUUAGGAGGGCACUGCUGGGAGUUGGAGAAAGGGUGGUGCAGGAGGUGAACGAGGCACAAUUUAGCCAAGAAAAUAAUCCGCUUCCUCAAGAGAUCCAAGAGAUUCUGAAAGGACAAAUAGAAGAACUGUGGAAGGACAACAACUCGGUUCGCAUUAUAAUAGGAGAGCGAGUACAGGGCUUCCUCCAGGCAAUGCUGCAGGGGGGGGCUCCUAAAAGGGGUCCAGAGCUGGCCUCCCCCCUCAGGCUGCUCAGCGCGGACCUGACCGAGCUGGGGAAGGCCUUUGGGCAAAUCGUCCACUUCAACCGCUCCGUGUUCGGGCCCUUUUACGCACCCAUCCUGAGGAGCGCCCUGUUCCCAUCUGCGGAGCCAGAGACCGGAGAAGACCAGCGGUGA